GAGUGGGGCAGGAAGCGGUGCCUGAGCGAGUAUGGCGGACUAUUCCACGGUGCCCCCUCCUGCUUCGGGCGCGCCCGGGGGAGGCGGCGGUGGAGGUGGAGGAGUGAACGAUGCCUUUAAAGACGCGUUGCAGAGGGCUAGGCAGAUUGCAGCAAAAAUUGGAGGAGAUGCUGGCACAUCAAUGAAUUCAAACGACUACGGUUAUGGAGGACAAAAAAGACCUCUUGAGGAUGGAGAUCAACCAGAUGCUAAGAAAGUUGCUCCUCAGAAUGACUCUUUUGGAAAUCAGCUACCACCGAUGCAUCAACAACAAAGGUCUGUGAUGACAGAGGAGUACAAAGUUCCAGAUGGGAUGGUUGGAUUCAUAAUUGGCAGAGGUGGAGAGCAGAUCUCACGUAUACAGCAGGAGUCUGGCUGUAAAAUACAGAUUGCACCUGAUAGUGGAGGUCUGCCUGAAAGAUCAUGUAUGCUAACUGGAACACCAGAGUCUGUUCAAUCAGCAAAAAGAUUACUUGAUCAGAUAGUUGAAAAGGGAAGACCUGCACCUGGCUUUCAUCAUGGUGAUGGACCUGGAAAUGCAGUCCAAGAAAUUAUGAUUCCAGCAAGUAAAGCAGGAUUAGUUAUUGGAAAAGGUGGAGAGACAAUUAAACAAUUACAGGAGCGAGCAGGUGUCAAAAUGGUCAUGAUUCAAGAUGGUCCACAGAACACUGGUGCAGACAAGCCCCUUAGGAUAACCGGAGACCCUUAUAAAGUUCAGCAAGCCAAGGAAAUGGUGCUGGAGUUAAUUCGUGAUCAAGGUGGCUUUAGAGAGGUGCGCAACGAAUAUGGGUCAAGAAUAGGAGGAAAUGAAGGGAUAGACGUUCCAAUACCACGAUUUGCUGUAGGUAUUGUAAUUGGAAGAAAUGGAGAGAUGAUAAAAAAGAUACAGAAUGAUGCUGGUGUUAGGAUCCAGUUUAAGCCAGAUGAUGGAACAACUCCAGAUAGAAUAGCCCAAAUCACAGGGCCUCCUGACAGAUGUCAGCAUGCUGCAGAAAUCAUUACAGAUCUCCUUCGAAGUGUUCAGGCUGGUAACCCUGGUGGACCAGGACCUGGUGGUCGAGGAAGGGGUAGAGGCCAAGGCAACUGGAACAUGGGGCCUCCUGGUGGAUUACAGGAAUUCAAUUUUAUUGUUCCCACUGGCAAAACUGGAUUAAUCAUUGGCAAAGGUGGUGAAACUAUUAAAAGCAUAAGCCAGCAGUCUGGUGCUAGAAUAGAACUUCAAAGAAAUCCUCCACCUAAUGCGGAUCCAAACAUGAAGAUGUUUACUAUCCGUGGAACACCCCAGCAAAUAGAUUAUGCACGACAGCUUAUAGAAGAAAAGAUUGGAGGUCCAGUAAAUCCAUUGGGUCCACCUGUUCCUCAUGGACCCCAUGGUGUUGUUCCUGGCCCACAUGGACCUCCUGGGCCACCUGGUCCUGGUGCUCCCAUGGGACCAUAUAACCCAGCUCCUUAUAAUCCAGGGCCUCCUGGCCCUGCACCUCAUGGUCCUCCAGCUCCGUAUGCUCCGCAAGGAUGGGGAAAUGCUUAUCCGCACUGGCAGCCACCAAAUCCACCAGAUCCAGGUAAGCCAGGAACAGAUCCCAAUUCAGCAGCGUGGGCAGCUUAUUAUGCUCACUACUAUCAGCAGCAAGCACAGCCACCACCUGCAGCCCCUCCUGGUGGACCAGCUACAACCCAAACUAAUGGACAAGGAGAUCAGCCAAAUCCAGCACCAGCAGGGCAGGUUGACUAUACCAAGGCCUGGGAGGAAUACUACAAAAAAAUGGGUCAAGCAGUUCCUGCCCCCGCUGGGGCUCCGCCAGGUGGUCAGCCAGAUUACAGCGCAGCAUGGGCUGAGUACUACAGGCAACAGGCAGCAUAUUACGCCCAGACAAGUCCACAGGGAAUGCCACAACAUCCUCCAGCACCACAGGGUUUUGAAAACCAUGCAAGAAGCCACCACCAUUUACAUUAACCAAUUUUUCUUUCUUAAAGGCUUCACUCCUGAGUUAGCUCGAUUUAAAGGAUUUUCUUUAACUUUUUGUGUAUCUCUUAUGUAUCUCUUCUGCACAGGGCCAAUAAUAAGAAGUGGACAAUACAGUAUUUGCUUCAUUGUGUGGGGGAAAAAACCUUUGUUAAAUGUAUGGAUGCAGACGCCUUGAUGAAGAUCUUAAUUUUGUUUGGUUAAAAAAAUAGUGUUUUUGAAAAUGUACAAAAUAUCUAUCACUACUGAUAGGAGGUAAUAUUUCUGUGUAGAAAUGAAAAAUGGUUUGUUUUUAGUAUUAGUGUAGAUGUACACAUUCCAGCAAAUGUAUUUGCAAUUAUGUGGUCAAUGCUUUGUGAUAUAAAUGUACUUUUUCAAUGUAUACUUUAUCACUUUUAAAAUGCCUGUUUUGUGCUUUACAAUAAAUAAUAUGAAACCUCC